ACCCUCCUCCCUCCCAGUCAGCCGCGCCUCCGCAGCCACAGCUGAUGAUAGCCAACCUUUUAGCUGCAAACGCUACGGAACUUAGCAAACAGCUAGCGGUGUAGUGUCGUUAUGUGUACGAGGUGUUAGCUGACUGUCAAAUAAAUGUGCUGUUUUAGAGUUCAGCAAAUGUGUGUUGAGUAAUAUAGACGGGUCCUGUAAAUGUGCCCCUAAACUUUACCGGCGCGUCAGUACCCCGAGUAGUUCAAAGCUACUUACUUUAGCUAACUUGUGCAGUUUGACAGUAGGAUCAGAGGAGUGUCCAGCUAACUGGGCUAACAGCUAGCUAGCUGGUUCGUAGCUGGCUAGUUAGCUGUCUGUUUUGUUAACUACUUCGGUCUGACGCGACUUAGCUUGAAUGCCGCUGUUUUUCAAGUGGUAGCAACCCAUGCAAGCCCUGGAUGAGAACUGGACCUGAGCCCUGGGCUGUCUAUGAUGAUCAAAACCUUUUUCGUUGCAUCAACUGACCUCUCCUGGUCCGUUUAACCAGCCAUUAUUACUCCUAAAACAAUCCCACAUCUCUGCUUGGCAACACUAUGAUCAUUCAAGCUGACCCCACCCAGCCCACUGGGACAAGAAUACCCCAUAACCAAGCUCUCCAAAUGAUAUGAUAGUAGCCACCUGGAUCACUUUUUGUGCUUGCAGGAGCCUAGCACAGGUUCUGAUCUUCCUUUCCUCCUCAAACUCCCUUUCCCCAUUCUGGGAGACCCUUGUCACUGUGGUCUCUGGCACUGGAACCAUGGGUAACAGCUGUGUGUGCCGGGAGGAUAGUGACGUGGAGGAUAAUCACCAUGGGUCAUCGAGGGCAACUCGAGGACAAGCUAGGCGGGUGGAUCACGGUACAGGCGUAGGUGUUGAUGCCGGAGAGGCGCGGAGCAGUCGACCCAGGGACCCAGUCAGGCCGCCACGCAGAGGGCGAGGGCCCCAUGAGCCAAGACGGAAGAAACAGAAUGUGGAUGGCCUGGUGCUGGACACAUUGGCUGUCAUCAGGACACUUGUAGACAAUGACCAAGAGCCCCCUUACUCCAUGAUCACAUUGCACGAGAUGGCUGAGACAGAUGAUGGUUGGCUGGAGGUUGUCCAGUCUCUGAUUCGAGUGAUCCCAUUGCACGAUCCGCUUGGCCCUGCAGUCAUAACCCUUCUAUUGGAUGAGUGUCCCCUGCCCACCAAGGAUGCUCUCCAGAAACUGUCUGACAUGUUGAGUCUGAGUUCGGCUGUAGCACGACAGGACGCUCUAAUCCCGGCUAAACACAGAAACACCACAGCUGUCCUAGGAUGCCUGGCAGAGAAACUGGCUGGUCCGGCUAGUAUUGGAUUGUUGAGCCCUGGAACCCUUGAGUACCUUCUAGAGAGCCUGAGCUCCGAGGCCCACCCUACUGUCAUGCUGUUUGCUCUCAUUGCUUUGGAGAAGUUCUCCCAGACCAGUGAGAACAAACUGACGGUGUCUGAGUCGUGUAUCAGCAAUCGACUCGCUGUCCUGGAGUCGUGGGCAGAGCACCCUGACUACCUGAAGAGGCAGGUCGGAUUCUGCUCACAGUGGAGCCUCGACAACCUGUUCCUCAAGGAUGGUCGUCAGUUCACCUACGAGAAGGUAAACCUCUCAAAUAUCAACGCCAUGCUCAACAGCAACGAUGUCAGCGAGUACCUUAAGAUCUCCCCUUCUGGACUAGAGGCACGAUGUGAUGCCUCGUCCUUUGAGAGCGUGCGUUGUACAUUCUGCGUAGAUUCAGGCGUUUGGUACUACGAGGUGACGGUCAUUACAUCUGGCGUGAUGCAAAUCGGAUGGGCCACCAAGGACAGCAAGUUCCUCAACCAUGAGGGUUACGGGAUAGGAGACGAUGAAUACUCAUGUGCGUAUGAUGGCUGCAGGCAGCUCAUCUGGUACAACGCUCGCAGUAAACCUCACUCUCACCCCUGCUGGAAAGAGGGAGAUGCCAUCGGCUUCCUGUUGGACCUCAGCAAGAAGCAGAUGAUCUUCUUUCUGAAUGGACAUCAGCUGCCGCCAGAGAAACAGGUCUUCUCUUCAGCCACGUCCGGUUUCUUUGCGGCAGCCAGCUUUAUGUCAUACCAGCAGUGUGAGUUUAACUUUGGGGCCAAGCCUUUCCGUCACCCACCUUCUGUCAAGUUCAGCACCUUCAAUGAUUUUGCUUCACUGCUGCCUAGUGAAAAGAUCAUCCUACCCAGACACCGGCGUCUGGCCUUACUAAAGCAGGUUAGCAUCCGAGACAACUGCUGCACGCUGUGUUGUGACGUCAUGGCUGACACGGAGCUGCGGCCCUGUGGACAUGGUGGUAUGUGUAUGGAGUGUGCCUUACAGUUAGAGACGUGCCCCCUGUGCCGCCAGGACAUCCAGACCCGCGUUAGACUCAUUGCACAUGUCUCCUGACAAACCUCCUGCCCCUUCUCUAAUAAGGAGAGACACCCAAGCCCUACAGCCUCCUCCUCUAAUCCCCUCUCACCCAGCAGGGCUGUGAGGACGGUGCCACAAUGUUGUGAUGAUACCACAACUGUGACUUCUGGUAAGCGGAGGCGACGACGGAGGGGUGGAGAGAAGAAAAAGAGGAGAUAAGAGGAGGGGAAAUAAACCACAGCAGGAUCCCCAGGAGCUUUCUCCCAUUUACCUACAUCUCCUCUUUUGUAUCCUUCUGGCAACUCACUGCAGAAGCUGGGCCAAGAAUCGUCACCUUUCUACCAACCAGUGUGUGUUUCAGACAAAAAGAGCAGAAGUGAACAGCAAAAACAAUUGACCUGAGAUUACAGACGGAACCAACCUCUCAUCUGCAAGCCCCUGUGUAGAGUUAUCAGACAUCCUUUCUAUGAUAUGAGGAUCUCACUGCGCUUUCAGUCCAGAGGCUACUACUAUUUAAUCCCAAUCGUCAUGCACACGUCUGCAGAUCUGAAAGGGCUGGCUAACCGAAAAGAAUACAGCCUGUAGUACAGUAUUAAACUCAAGGUACAGAUACAUUUGAGAUAAAUCUCACUUUCAUGUUUUUUGGGUAUAGAUAUGCGAAUUAUGGAGUUCUCGAGGUAGCAUUUUCAUUCUUUUUUUUCUUUUUUUUUUCAAGGUUAUAGCAACACCUAUCCUUUGGUCAGCUUCACUGUCUGUACAGAUUGAUCGCCCACUGGUAGGAUUUGCCAUUGGGAAAAAAAAAAAGAAUUCCUUGGGUAAAAUAUCAGAUUUUGAAAGCUUUAAAAUUGGAGUUAUUCAAAGAGUUUAGUUUUCCGAUUUGGUUUACAAAAGCAAAUGUUAAAAAUCCCAUUGGCUGUCGCACUACCGAAGACGUUGAUGACAAAAUUCUUAACCUACUUAAAUCUGUAUUAGAAGUAACUGAUUUUAAGCAUGGCUGACCCUGCUGCUUUUUGUGCUUAAUCGUCUUUGCUUAGAUGUUGAAAUUUCUUCAGUCAUGUAUUUAACAAGCACAAAAAACAAAUACACAGAUGCACUUUUACGGAAAAUGUAUCUGUAAAUGCAAUGAUUUGGUUUUUUUUCCCCCAGUUAUAAGUGCUAAUGUUUGAAGAGCCAUUGAGGCGCAAGUAUAUAAUUAGUUUUCCACCACCACCUUUCUGAAAUUUGUUUUGGAUUGCUUGAUAGGUGAACACUUUGGCAACAACUUGUAAUGCAGCUCCACCAUGAGUCAGGCUCCAUUGAGGUGCAGCAUAAGUAAACAUGUUAUUUUUUGUUUGUAAUUACAAACCCCUGCGUCUGUACUAAGACGACUAUUUUCAAUCCUCCAGAUUUGAUUUGAUUUUGUACUGUAAAUGAUGGUGAUCGCUGAUGUAGAAACUUGGUUGAGAGGUACAACAGGUUUUGUUGAUUGACAGUGUUGUAUUAGCCGAUCAGUAAAUUGCUUAAAACAAAUGUGAAAUGUUGAAGAGAAUAUUUUUAACUCAAUAUCAGUUUACUAAAUACCCCAGGGUCAUUUUGAAGAUGUUGUCAUUGUGGGUCUGAUUUGGCAGUGAAAUACUUGACGUGAAUUAGCAAAGAAACAACCCGCCACAACAUAGUGACGUGAGCUGAAGAGUGUGGGCUUCAGUACAGGAAAAAAGAGGAUGUCAACUUGCUACUAAACACAGCAUACAGAAUCGAUCUUGUCAAAAGACGUUUGUCAGAUUGGAAGCAUAUGUUCCAAUGUGUGUUUCAGACUGAGUAAAAUGUGGGUUCCCUCUUUGUGCAUUAUAUAACAUAGCAAAUCUCUCUGCUCUCAUUUAGCCAAUUCCUCUUUCCUCUUUUUCCCUCUGUCUUUAUAGGAACCUUAUUUUCCUCUGUCUUUCUGUCCAUCCUUUACUUGAAGCAUCUCUGGGUUGACUAAAUUACAUUUGUAUUUGGGAAACCGGUGAUGAAAUGAGAUCCAAUGACAUUUCAAAUUAUUACGCUGAAUAGGUUUGCAUCUAUUUUGGUCAAGUUAUUUAUGGGAGUGUUACUACUUCACCAAAUUGCAUGAACAGGAUCUGUAAAACCAUUCAGACUACUGGAAUUAUUUCUAAAAGGUAACAUGCAUCUCUCAGUAGGACAAAAGACUGGUCUGGUCACUGUUUGCUUUGUUGUAUUCCUGGAGCACCUUAUACUGUACACGCUGGUGAGAGAAAUUAUAUGUUUGCUUCUACGGUUUGAGAUGACAUUCGGGAUUGUAAAGAAUUAGUCGUGGAUUGUAUUUAAAACAUCUAUUAAGGAAUUUUGCCCCCACAGUUCCCAAAGAUGUGAUUGAAGAAUUGUUUCCUGGGUUGUGAUAUUUGUAAUAAAUGUAUGUUCAUGUGA